GUGGCAGUGUAGAGGUAGUAGUGGUAGAAUAUUGAUCGUUGUAGGCGGGACGGAAAGACCGGCAUCGCGGUGGCGUUGCCGUCGUUACCGAGAACACCCGCCCGCGGACGCCGUAGUUUCGCUGUAUCGAUCGGCUCCCGGGCCGAGGUUUUGGUGCGGUACCUAGGUUACGGUGGCCGUUACCGUCGCAACGGUCGCUCAAAAUGCACCACACGAUCCAUAAUCACCGUCGCUCCUACCCGCCGCCGCUUGGCACUGCGCUGUGUUUUGCCCUGUGUGUUUGUGUGACAGUGUUUGGCCGAGGGUCGAGUUGUUAAUAUGUGUUCGCGUUCGCGUCGUAUUGCUUGUUCCUAGGUCAGCGCUCGUUACCGUUAUCAGUCGUCGCUUAGUACUUCAGUCCGUUACCCUUGUCUUUGUAGGCCGUCGCCGGACUAGGUAGUCUUCGAGUUGGUUCUUUACUGCUUUACUGCAUUAUUACAUCCCGUUUGUGCCAGUAAUAAUACCGUCGCCCUUCAGUAGUAGCAUUAUGUACGCAUUGAAAAAAUCACCGUCCUCUACCGACGAUUCCGACAGUCAACAGCAAGUUGACUCCUCAACCGAAUACACCGAGCCGUCCACUUCGUGGGCCAACAACAACGUCCAAACGUCCACAUCCUGUGCAACGCCCCAGAACGCCGCGCCGCCAGCUUCGUCGAGCUACGAUGACAACACCCAGCCGUCCACUUCGUACAUGCAUUCCGAACCUUCUACUUCGUGGGCUCACUUUUCUUCCGCUACCCCUUCAACUUCGGCAGCAGGGGACAAACCAAAAGCCACUUGUAAAAACGAACCGGAGGGUUCUUUGUCGGACAACGAGGAAUACCUAUCGUCAGAUGAAUCAGACUCUGAUGAUAACUUACGUCAGAUAUUAACCUUAUACAUGUACAAGAGGAAUAUAAGAGUAAGUCCCGUGCUACUACCCGCCCGCCUGUUCAACAGACCUCCCUUGAACAGCCGGGAUAUCGAGUAUUCGGUGCUCAUACCCAACCCCCCUCGGCCUUUCAUUUCGGAUCGGUAGCCAGGAAACCUAUUGAUUUUGUUAUCAUCAUUAUCAAGACGUCGUUAUCAUUAUAUUAGAACCAAUCGGAGCGAUAUAUUUUAAAUUUUAACUUUUAUUUUAAUGAUAACGGAUUAUCUUUUAGAUUUCGAGUGGAGCGCAGACGCUUAUAGUUGUACAAAGAUGAUUUAUUUUUUAUUUUUGUUCUAUAUACUAGAAGAUUUGCUUGGAUUUCUACAUGUAGCACCUUUCCUGAAAGGAAAUCGGCGUGGGGAGGUAGUUUAGGUAGGCCAUUUUUCGAUUUUCACAAGAGUUAUUUCAUCAAAUUUGAAAAACUGGGGUAAAACAUGAGAAAAUCGUAGGAAACUGGGAAAAUUGGUACAACAUUAAACAGAUUUUAUUAAAGGAAAUUUAUAAAGGCUAUUUUAUUAUUUUACUGCAAAAUGACAUGUAUAUUGUUGACAAAGCAUCACUCCGUUCAGAAUUGUUUUUUCGUUGCUCACAGAUAUACAUUAAAUUCCUGUCUAUAUCCUACCUUCCUGACUUUCCACCUACACCAGUGACUGCACCCAUUAUUUUAUCUUUUUUUCAAAUUUGAUUUCUUGCAAAAAUAUCAUCAGUCCGUAUAUUUAGUAGGUACUUAUUUAAAUUUCAGAUUUAAAUCAAUUUUGAUAGGUAGGUACAAUCAUGUUUGAUUUUAAUUCAAUAUAAUUAAAAUAAUUUGAUAAUUACUUUUUAUUUCUCUUGGUUUUAAAAAGGGUUUUUAUUUUGAAACUGAAAAAGUUUUUAGUGUCAUCUACAUCUGUAAAUUUUUGAUUAAAAUAAAAUCUAGAUCUUUGGGUACAAUAAUAUGCCAAUUAUCUUUAUUUAUUUUCCUGCGCUCUGUUUGACUAACAUACUGUGGUUGAAUUUUUUGAUUUUCCCAUUUUUUGCAGAUGGUUUAGAAGUGUGCAAAGGUAGAUUUUGAAAAUGUUGACUGUUACUGACACUGUCUGUCUCUAUACAUCAAAAUUAAAUUUAAAAAUAUUUAGAAACGCUGUGGUUUUUUAUUCCAAUAGUGACCUAAAACAACAUCUAACAGUCAGAAUUUUAAUUUUGUAACCCUUUUAGACGAUAUCUUAAAAUCUUGCAUAUUUUGAUGAGAUCUUUUGGCGAAAAUUCUGAUUGCCGAAUAAUUUUAAUGUUAUGGAAGGAAAGAAAUAUACCUAAUGGGAUAUUUUUCAAUAUUUUGAAAUUUGUUUUGACCAUCAAUAGGUAGCUAAUUACUUAACUGAUCUAAACUUGUAGACUUUCUUUGCUUGUAUACAUUUUAAACACACAUGUGUUUAUAUUUUUAUUAUUUAGGUUUUUGACAGGUAUCUGUUUUAUUUAGUUUAUUUAUUAUAAUAUUGAAACAUUAACUUUUUCAGGUUUCCGAUAUAAUCGAUGCAAACAAUUCAAGUCAAGCUCUUAUUGAAUAUGUCAAUUUAAAGUACAUUGAGAAUAAUUUUAAAACUAUUGGAUUGAACACGGCAUUUGACAAAAAUAACAUUGAGGGUGCUCAGCUGGAAUUUGAAUCGUAAGCCAAACAUUAGGUAUAUACCUACAUGUUGCAUUAAUAAUAAAUAAAACAAAUUUGUUUUAGUUUCGAAAAAUGGUUCAACCAAAUUAAAAAAAAAUUUGUUGGACCUCAACGUAUCAAAGAUCUUUGUGUGCCAAUGUUUUCUCAUCUCUAUUUAAGUCUCUAUACACCACCAAACCAGGAACGGCUGUUUCAAUUAUUGGACAAAUUUAAAUACUUAUUCCUGAGCAAAAGAGGAAGUAUAUUCCUUCAAGAGCUGAAAAAGGUUACGGACAUGAACCAAUUGCCACAUCGUAUUUCCUUAUUCAGGUAAUUAAAUAAUAGUUUGUAAUUUAAAUAUUUGUGUUAAUGAUAAUUGUGGUAUUCAAUGUACUGUUUCAGAAAAAACAAAUAUGUAUGCUUUGUUUCUCCGGAAUUUUUAAGAGAUCUAAUUGAAUUUUUUCAACAUCACCGCAUGCUGAAAUUGGUUUGUAUUUAAAAACUUAUUAUUGUGUUUAUUUUUAUUAUUUUUUUUUUUUUUGUAUACUGAUAUCAGAGAGAAUCUGUUUUCACAAUUCAAAUAUUAAGUGAUAUUUUAUUACCUUUGUUUAAGUAUUAAGAUUAAUUUCUAAUAUUAGAUUUCUGAUUAAUUUUUAAAUAAUUAAUUAUUAAACUAAAGAUUUAAGUUUAAUGUUUGAAUAUUAAAUACACAUAUAAAAUACAACAUUAAUUAAGUUGGCCAUAGUUUAAUAAAUAGUACAAAUACAAUAAACCUAAUAUACAGAGUAUAACAUGAAGAUAUGUCAUUUCAAAUAACUUGUUUUAUUCAAUAUUUUAUUUAUGUAUAUAUUUUUGUAUUUUUAAUAAUUAGUAUGCUUACAUAAAUAAAUAAAUGCAUCGUCUGGAAUAUUAAGAUAUGUGCAUUGUACAACUGGCUUCGAGUUAAAAAUUCAUUCACUCAAGUCAUGUUUUAAUUUUUAACAUUGUGAUUUACCUAAUGAUAAAUUUUUAAUAUUAAACAGGUUGUAUAAUAUGUACAAUAAUUAUUUAUUUAUAUAUUUAUGUACGAGUAUUAACUAUUUAAUAAUUUUAUUUUUACUUUAUUAUUUUAUUAAUUAGUAUGCCUCUGUGCUACAGUUUAUAUAUAGGCUUUUUAUAUUUAGGAUAUUAUUGAAUGAUAUUAAAUAUUGAAAAAGAAAAUCCUUUUCAUUUAAUGUACUCUGAAUACUGAUUAAAUAUUAUAAUAAAUUUUAAACCACAAUAAUAUUUUUAUUUGUCAAAACUUCAAAAAAAAUUGUAGAAAAUAAAAGGCCAUACCAAAACAAAAGUUUCAACUACUAACAAUUUUUUAAAAAAAAUUAUAGUAAAAUUUAAAAUUUUUAUUUUAAUUUCUCCCCCGCCCCUUAAAAAAAAAAAUGUAAAUUUUUAAACUGUAGCACAUAGGUAUUCUAGUAAUAGAAAAAAAAAUUAUAUAUACUUUUAUCCAUUGUCUUUGUCUGCUUUUGACUAUACUAGUAAUAGUUCUCAUAGUCUGAUAGUUUAAUUGUACAUUUUAAUAUUGUUAUUGUAAAAUAAACUACUUUACAAUGGAUGGACAUAGGAUUACCCUACAUACCAAAUUAGAUGUAAAAUCCUAUACCAAAUCUUCACAACAAGCUACCUUCAAGAUAUCUAUUUAUAAUUAGAAAUAUGAUAUCUAAUAUAAUUUUAAAAAUUAGUAUUGAAUCAUUAUGAAACCAUUAUUUUGUAAUAUAAUAAUGAUAGCUAGUAGAUUAUCAUCUAUCUAAAACAAUUAAUGGUAUAUCAUAAUAAUGUUUAAUUUGUUGGUUAUAGAUUUUUCUAGAAUGGUUUGACAUUAAUUAUAUUACUGAAGAAGAUGAAAAGACAAUUGUUGAAGAAUACUUGAGCAGAGAUCUACCACAAAGUUAUUAUAAUAAUACAAACAAUUAUAAGCAAUCAAAAAGUAACAAUUUGAAGAAUAUUUCUACUAUUGUUAAGAAUAAUUUAAAUACUAGUGUAAGUAAAAAUGAUUUCAUCAUUAUUUUUAUGAUUAUGUUAUGUUUUUGAUUAUUUUUAUAUAAAUGUAUUUUAUGAAAUUUAACAACUUCUUAGUUAAUUUACUAAUCCCUAUAAAAGCAAAUAGUUUAUCAGUAAAGUAUUUUAAAUAUUGUCAUGUGUUUGUUGUUGGUACAUCUAUAAAAAAAAAAAAAUCAAGAAGUCUACACCAACUUUUAGCAUUUAAAUCACUUAAGUAAUAAGUAAUGCCCUUUACACCAUAAUCUUAGAUAUUUGAUAAAACAUCAUACAGUAAAUUUAGAUACAAUUGUUGGUGCAAUAGAUACUUGAUUUUGGCAUUUACACCAUAUUAUAAAAAGGCGAUUUUGAACAAAAUCUGACUAGUCCUUUUGGUUGAGAGCUAUCCUUCAAUAAUCAGUCUUGAUUUUUUUUUAUAGUAGUGGAAAUAAAGAAAAAUACAUUUUUGUAAUUCAAAAAUUCAGACAUUUAAGGAAUAAUUUGGUUAUAAAAUAUUAAAAUCUAAAUUUUUAUUUUAUUAGAAAUCAACUUCAUUACAAAUUAAGAAAGACAGCCAAUGUGGUACUUAUUCUGAAAAACGUGUAAGUUAAGAUUGUGAAUAAUUUAAUUUUAAUAAAUAGGUAAUUGUUAAUGAUUUUUUGUAAAUAAGUGUGAUGUUGAUGGACAGCAGCUUACAAAAAAAAGAUUUCUUCAUGAUCAACAACCUCAGUCAAGCGAUAAACAAUUAACAGAUGAUAAAGUAAUUGCUUAAACUCAUUAAUUUACAAUUGAUUAAACUAAAAUACAAUUUUUAUGUUGUUUCUCAGUAUGCUGCUGGACCUAGUGGCCUAAAUACUCAAAAAAAACAUUGUGGCAAUUCAAAAUCAAACGUGGUAAUUAUUUUCUAAUAUUCUAUGCUGUAUUAUGUAGUGAUGGGGGUAUAGGAAUAAUCUUAUGAUAGUUAAUGGGAAAAAAUUAUAUAAUUAUAAAAACAAUAAAUUGAAUAAUUAAUUCGAAUGAAUUAAGAUUUAAAUUUCUUUACUUGGUUAUAUGUAUAAAUAAUCAAAUGAUAAUCUAUUAGUAAGAAUUAUCUUUCUUUAUAUUUUAUUUCAUAUGAUAUAACAAUAACUUAAAGAUUUACACAAUUUAAUUUUAAUUUUAAAUUGUAAAUGAAAUAAUGAUCUGAUAAGUAUCAUUUAUCAAAUGUUAAUUAUGUGGUUUUAUACAUUUUAUCACACAAUUUAUCAGAGUGAUUCAAAUGAUUUGAUUUUGAUAAAUAUCUAUAACUAUUAUUUUGAUUAUCAAAAUUAUUUGAUUACUCCCAUCAUUAGUAUGAUGUAUAACUUUUAUGUUUAAUAAUAGCGAUCUGGAAUAUGGGCUGAUGAUACCAUGGACUUAGAUUCAUCAAUCACUGGAUGUUCAAAGGUAAUUUUUAUUAUUAAUAUAUAUAUGUUAAUAAAAAUUGAUUUCUUUAUUUUUAGAUAACUUCUCUAAAAUGUGUUCUAAAUAUUGGUUUCAAAAUAUGAAUUCUCAUUGGUUCGUUUUAUUUAAAAUUGAGUAUAUUAUUAUAUAUUACAAAGAAUUAUUGUUUAUGAUUUAAGUUAAUAUUUAAUUUUAAUAAACCAAACAUCUAAUAUAUACAUUUAAAAUUUCUGCACAGAUUAUACAUAGUAGUACAAGUAGUUUAUCUAAUCUAAUUAAAAAGAAAUUAAAAAAAGUGCAGUUAUUUUCAAGCUUUUUAUAUAUGUUUUGUAAACAGAAAAAUAGUUAUAAAGGAGAAUUUUAAUUUGUAAUAGAAUAUGCACUAAAGAGAUUCAUAUAAUUUAAUAUAGUAUAGUCUAAUAUUUUCAUAACAAGUUUUAAAAAUUAGUGAUGGUAAUAUGUGUCAGCUUUAAAAAUUUUAUGUUUAAUUUUGCAUUGUGUUAGGUUAGAUGAUACGACUAGAGAACAGCAUAUAAUAAUGAUAAAAAUUUAUGAGUCAUAGCUAAAUGUAGUUAUUUACAAUUUACAUGAGUUUUACUAUUUUUAUUACAAUAUUUGUAUAUUAUUUGAAUACAGCAAUGAGUAUUUGUUUUUUUAUAAAAUAUAUGUAUAAUAAUUAUGUACUUUAAUUUGUUUUUAGACAAUUGAAGACAAAAGGAAACAUCAGAUAGAUGAUCAGCCUUUGUCAACACUGAAUGGCCGACAAUCUAGAAGUCUCCAUAAGGUAUAUUUUAAUAAUUACUACUUAUAUAUAUAUAUAUAUAUAUAUACAAUAUGAAUUACUUGGAAAUAUUUUAUAAUAUAUUUUACUAGAAACGCGCUGGAGAAGAUACUGAUAAUUCCAGUUCACAAAAUGAAUCUUCAAAUCAGAAAAAUAUACAUAAACAUACAAAAGUAAUUAUCUAUUUUAUAAAUAGCUAUAAAAUAUUUUUUUAUUUAAAUUUGUAUGAUUUUUUUUUAUUUGAUCAUAAAGCUACAUAAACAGGGACACACUGUUAAGAAAAGAAAAAAUAUAUUACAAGACCCAACAAGUAGUAAUGUAAUUAUUAUAAAUUGAUUUACAUUAAUCAAUUUUUUUUCUUAUUAAAAAAAUAAUAUGCUAAAUACAAUUUUACCAGUCUAGAAAAGGCUUAUAUAAAUAUUAUUAUUUUUAACCUAAUUAUAAAAAAAAACAAUCAUACAUAAUAAAACUAUUGUUGCUUUUGUGGUUUUUCAAUCUCUAUCAAAAAUGAUCUUUUUAAUGUAGUAACUAGAUCCAAAAUUCUAAAAAGAGCUCAUUUGUUGUUUAUGGAUGAAGCAAGCUUUCUGGAGAAAACUAAUUCUCAUACAUUUUUGUUUUUUUUUUUUUUUAAAUGACUUAAACCUAAAAUUCUUUGUUUCCUUUAGAAUCUAAAAAAGGAAAAAUAAUAUUUGUAAGAUUUUGGAGAUAUUAAAUAUAAUGAUAUAAUAAUAACAUUACCUCAAACAAUAAUUAAACUUGACUGUUAAUUGUAUGUACCAUAUAAAUUUUAUAUUUUUAUCUCAACUUAUUGUGACAUUUAUAUUUAAUUUUGAAAAAGGUUUUCAAUAUUAAGAAAGGUAAAAGUAAGAAUGUGAAUUCUUCCAAUCUUGAGACAUCAAGUGACUAUGAACAAGUAAUAUUUUCUUUAAUUUUGUACUUAAUUAUUUAAAGUUUUAAUUAAAUAUCUAUUUUUUAUUUUUUAUUAUUUAUUAUAGUCCAAUCAAUAAUUUGACAACUCAAUAUUUCUUACCUAUCUUUUUAAUGUAUUAAUAAAAAAAAAAAAAAAAAACAGUAAUAUAUAUAUUUCUAAAAAUAUUACUUGAAUUUUUGUUUGUUAAAUUUAUUUAAUAAUUUCUUAUAAUUUAACAAUUAUUAUUUUUAUUAAUUAGUUAUUUUUAUUAUAAUUAUUAUUAUUUUUGAUCAUAGUUAUAGCUAGAUGAAAUUUUGAAAAUAUAUUUUUGAGCUUGAUUUUAUUUAGUUGCUUUAUAUUUAGUUUUUCUUUUCCUCAAAAAAUCAACUUGUAAUACUGGACAAUUUGCAUUUUUUUUUUGUUUGAACCAAAACGUUUUUCCAUAGAAAGAAAUAUUUGCUUUCUCUUUCUGUUAAAAUAUUUGAAAUGCAUGAACAUUAAAGCAAUUCUUAUUUUGAAAACUUAGGUGUGAUUUGAAUAGUGGACAAAAUAAGAGAUAAUAGACUGAUGAUUUGGGCAUGUCAUGAGGAGAGAGGAUUCGGAAGCAUUAAGAAUUGUAAUGCAAAUGGGUGUAUGAGGAAAGAGUGGGAGAAGAAACCCAAAAAAUAGGUGGUUGGAUAUAAUUGAGAAUGAUGUGAUAUUUCAAAUUGUGGGAAUGAAGGCAAAGAAGAAGAUAACUGAUAAAUAUAAAAUGGAAUGGUAAUAAUUAUAAUUUAUACUUUAUUUUAAAGGCUACAAAAUAUAGCAGGAAACAAAGAAAACAGCAAGCUCAUUAUAAACUAAGUGGCAGAAGUAAAUCAAUGGGCGAUAGUAGAAGUUCUAGUGAUAGUUCAUCUGAAGUAAGAGUAAAAUUACUAAAUCACUUAUUUUAUUUGAUUCAAUAAAUAAUUAUAAUUUAAAGAGUUCAGAGGAUUCUAAUUCUGGAACCUCAUUUUUUGAUGAAGAAUCUGCCAUGAGAAAAUAUUUUAGAUAUCAAAGAAAAUCUGGGAAGCGAUUACCAAAUGUAAGUUAAAUAUUUGUUCUUGUACUAAUAUAUACAAGAUUAUUUCAAAAAUGUAAUAAUAGUUUUAUAUUUAUAUUUUUAAUGUAUUUUUUUUUUUGUAGUUAUCACUAGGUCAGCUUUAAUUUUUAUAAAUUUUUUUAUUACUUUAUAAAUAAAAAUUAAAGAUGCAGAUGUACAUUAAAUAUUUUUCCCUGAUCCAAGGUAGCUGUUUUAUAUACAUUGUUUGUGUUUUUAAUACUAUCAUCUGUAAGGUCAUUAAUUUUUAGAUAAUUUUGAUAGCUUGAUAAAAUUCAAAUUUAUUUCUUGCUAAUUUUACUAAAAAUAAAUAUAAAUAAUAUAAGUUUGUAUAUAAUAAACAUUUACAAUACCAACAACUUAAAUUUAUAUGAUAAAAAUAUUAUAAAAUUGUACAAUAUUCAUGAAUCAUUUGAAAAUGUAAGCCUUACUAACAUUUUUCUAAAAAUCGAAUUCCUGAGUAUUAUAAUUUAACAAAAAAUUAAUUAAAUUAUUAGUACCAAGAUAUUAAAUUAAAAAAAAUUUUUAAAAUAUCAAAUAGAAAAAAAAUUAUUACAUUUGUUAAAUUGGCCUGUUACACUGUUUGUGUGUGUGUGUGUGUGUGUAUUACAUAUAUACUUUUUUUUUCUAAAAAAUUAUAAUAUUUUAUUGCUUGUAUGUUUUUUUUUGUUUAAGAAAACAUUACAUUUUUUGAAGUAUGGAAAUACAUCUAAAAUUGAAUUGAAAAAAUUAGAAGGUGAUAUGUAUCUUUAUAAUACCAGACAAAUUAUGUUGAAAAAUGUUAAUAGGUAAGUAAUAAAUUUAAACUUGAAUAUUAAUCUAAAUUGAUUAUAAUAAUAUUGUAUACAUUAUAGUAUAUAUAUAUAUAUAUAUAUAAUUAUAUUAUUUAUAUAUUUGUUUACAGAUUAACAUGUACUCUUAUAACUAUAGACCAUAAAUAUGUUGCUGCUGGUUCCACAGACAGUUUAAUUUACCUAUGGGAGAGAACUAAUGUACCAACAGAAAAAGAAAUCAAUAAUCUCUCAAAGAACAUAAAAAGUUCCUCAAGGAAAAGUAUUUAUUUUGAUGAAAGGGAGAAAUAUACUGAAUUGUAAAUAGUUUUAUCAUAAACUCAUAAACAGUAUUAUAAACUGAAGCAAUUUGAUUAUUAACCUUUUUAUAGCUUGGACAAAAGUGCAGCAGAUGUUUUGCGUGGACAUGGUGGAUGUAUAUUUGAUUUAGCUGAAUUACCUUCUGCUAAAAUCUUAAUUAGUGCAUCCAGUGAUAAAACAUUCAGAGCUUGGCAUUUGGAAUCCAAAGUUUGCUUAGAAGUGUAUGAGUAAGUUAAUAUUAGACUUUAAUAAUAUUUGUUAUAUAAUUUAAAUACAUUUAAGAUUAGUGUGUAAAAAAAGUGAAUUAUAUAUUUACUAGACACCUCCCUCCUCUGUUUGGCAUAUAAUGUAGAAAAUGUAAAUAUAAAAACUGUAUUACAUAACAACAGAGAUAAACAGUUUUUUUUUAAACCUGACUAAAUGAAAAAAAAAAAAGAAACAAGCAAUCAAAUUAUUAUUUUCAUUUUAUUUUGUAUUUAAUCAAUUUAUUAUUGUAUGUUUAUAUAUAUAUAUAUAUAUUUUUUAUGUAGUGAAUAUGAACACAGAACAUGGUGUAUCACUGCUUGUCCAUAUAGUUUGCAAGUAGCAACUGGUUCAUCCGAAGGCUCAAGCUGUUUAUGGUUUUUGAAUUAUAAACGUCCAUUAAGAAUUUUUUCGGGCCAUCUUGAUGAUAUUUUGGUAAGAUAAUUAAAAAUAAAAAACAAUUUCCAUUAAAUUAAUAUUUUUAUUUAUAAAUUAUGUUAUUAGGUAAUCAAAUUCCAUCCAAAUAUGACGAUGUUAGCAACUGGUUCAGCUGAUAAAACUAUACGUGUGUUUGAGUUGGUAACUGGCAACUGUCAAAGGCUUAUGUUAGGCCAUACAGAUUAUGUAAUUUGUUUAGAAUUCCACCCGAAAAACCCUAAGAUUUUAGCAUCUGCUGGUAUGUCAUCAUAAUCUAUCUUACAAUAGACAGAGGCUAAUUUAUAAAACUGACUUGUUUUAAAAUAUAAAUAAUUUAUAUACAUUAUAUUUUGCACCUUCUUUAAGAAAAAAUUACAUUUUUAAAUUGUAGUAUAACAAUUUUACAAUGCUAAUUAUUAAUAUAUAAUUUUUAGAACUAAAUAUAAAAAACAAUAUUAAAUAUUUUUGAUUCUAUUAAUAGACUUGCUCCAUCAUCAAUUUCAGGGGUAGUUUCCUAAAGUUCCAAAUUUGUUCUAGUAAAUGGUUUGAGUAUGUCUUUUUUUUAGAAUUGUAAAAUAAUAGUAAUAAUAUAUUGGGCAUAAUAUUGGAUUCUGUUGAUAAUUUCAAUUUAGUUUUAUUUUGUUUUGAUUCAGUUAAAAAUAAUCGUAAAAACCUGAAAUUUUCACAAAAUACUUAUAUUAGCCCUUUCUGGAUAUAGUCCAUUUUUCAAAACAUUUUGGGGACUUAUGAGUUCAUAAUAUCUAUUUGAAAUUGUCAAAUUAUUUUAAACUUUUAUGUAAAUUAAAUUAUUUUUGGCUUCUCAAAAAUGCCUGAAUAUUUGUUACAAAGUUCAUCAUGUGAUGACAGGACUACAAAAAUGUUAAAAUUUCCUUUAUAAUUUUUUUUUUACAAACAAAAGUUACCAUUGAAAAUCAUACAAUCUAUAGUAUUUCUGAUUAUGUGGAAAAAAUUUAUCAUCGUAAAAAAUUUGAAAAACAAAUUAUUAUUAUACCUUAAUACAAUUUUCAAUUUGAGAUUAUUAACACAUGAUUAAUUAACAGAAUUUUUCUUAAAAUGGGCUUUUCAUUAGCAAUGUAAACCAUUGCAUACAGAUAUAGUUAAAUUAUUCUAUAUUACCUUCCCAGCUCCCCACCCAAAACAGUGACCCAUGAUUAAUAAAUGUCAUGUUAUUUAUUUUAUUACAUUAAACUAUAAUGUUUUCUAAAAUGCAUGGAGUUAGCCUCUGUUUACAUUUCAAAUAUUUUAAAUCAUUUUAUUUUGAUCUUGUUGAAAUUUGUAAUUUUAGCUGGAGGUGGUGAAAUAAUGGUGUGGGAUUUACCUACUGGUUAUACACUUUGGACAUUACGAGUGGGCAAUGUGGCAUUUUCAGAACUUUCCUGGUUGGCUGAUGAUAUAUUGUUAGCUUCAUUACUAACUGGUAUUAUUUUGAAAUGUAAUGUAACAAUGUAAGUAUACAUUAUUUAUAUAUUAUUUUUUAAUAAUUUUUUUUUGUUAAUAUUAUUAAAAACAUUUUUUAUUUUAGGGAUUAUGUAAAAACACGCAAAUCUGUAAGAGGGUUUCAAACUAAAUUUCAACGUUUAAUGUCUUUAUGUAUAAUCGAUACUAUAGUUUAUACCAUAGGCAUUGAAGGUGUUUCAUCUAUUAUGAAACCUAAUAUAACAAAGCUACAAAAAAGGGCAUCAAUUAAAUAUAAACAGCAACAGGAACGGGCCACCUUAAAUCGUUAUCGAGAACCUUCACCAUUAUCUAAAUUGUAUUUUCCAGACCAUAUUAUUGAGAAUGACGGUAAUUCAAUAAGGCCAUUACUUGGGUUAAGUACCACUACAAUGAGUGUUCCUAAGGUUGAUUUAGAAUAUCAGUUUAAUAUAGGCCCAAAUCAAACAACACAAGAAUCAACAGAAUUUUUGAGAAUGAAUUUGCAAGGUUUUCCAUUUAAUUUGUCCACUGAUGAUAUAAACAAAAUUAUUUCUAAAAGUCAGUCAUCACAUAUUAGUCUUAUUGAAAAACAUUAUUCAAAGCCUUCGACUAAACAGAUUUUAGAAAAUGCCUUACUAUUGCCUACACAAUCAGCCAGUUCCUCACUAACAGAAUUGCCAUCAGCAGAUUUGAAUUAUUUUGAAGAAUACAAACAAAAAUAUAACUUCAGUCAUGAAAAUACAUCUCAACAUUCCAAAGCCAAUGUAAAUAGUUAUCAUUAUUCAUUGCAAUCUCACUUGAUAAAUAUAAAUGCACAUCAAUUCAGAGAGCAUGAGUUGGUUAAUAGUCUAUUGAAUAUUCAUAAUACAGCACUUCAAAAUCUAGAAGAACAGAGGAUUCAAACAGCAGACAGGGAAGCUAAGGAAAAGUUAUUGUUUCACUUAGCUAGUAAUAUUCACAUUACCAACACGGUAGCUCAGGAAAAACUACAUAUGAUGCACGAAGAGCAUCAUCAAAAACUAAUUUUUCAUCCCCAGCAACAGCAUCAACACUGCCAACAUCAACAACAGCAUCAGCAGUGCCAACAUCAACAUCAAUAUCAUCAGUGCCAACAUCAACAGCAGCAUCAGCAGUGCCAACAACAACAACAGCAUCAUCAGUGCCAACAUCAACACCAGCAUCAGCAGUGCGAACAUCAACAACAGCAUCAGCAGUGCCAACAUCAACAACAGCAUCAGCAUUGCCAACAUCAACAACAUCAUCCUCUACAAUUACAACAGUUACAUCAGCAACAGGAGUUACAGCAUCAAUAUCAUCAGCAACAUCAGUUACAGCAUCAAUAUCAACAACAACAGCAUUUUCAACAACACCAUUUACAGCAACAGCAUUUACAGCAACAUCCGUUACAGCAACAUCAGUUGCAGCAACAGCAGUUACAGCAACAGCAGUUACAGCAACAUCAAUUGCAACAACAGCAGUUACAGCAACAGCAGUUACAGCAACAGCAGUUACAGCACCAGCAAUUACAUCAACAGCAAUUACAUCAACAGCAAUUACAUCAACAGCAAUUACAUCAACAAUAUCAACAACAACAGUAUCAACAGCAAUUACAGCAAAAACUACAACAAAUACAGCAACAUCAAUUACAAGAGCAGCAACAAUCACAAGUUAUGCAAAAAUUACAGCAUAACAAGCAGUUACUAUCAAAAGUGAAUGUACAACCAACUCAAAAACAUAUUCAGUUGGCCAAUAUGAAUGUUUCAAAACCUUUUGGCGGGUCUGUGGAUGGUCAUUCCAUGCACAUGGGUACAAGACAACAAAGACCUACUACCACAGCUGGUAGAUCAUCAGAUAUAAUAGUGACUAAACAAAAUUACGAAUAUAUGCGCCAGGUGGUAAUUGAUAACUUUCGUAAAACAAAUCCGGAAAUGUUUAUUGGAGGUAGCCAGCCUGAAGUAAAGAUAUCACAAUCUAGAAAUUCCUCCCCGACAGACCAGUUAAAUCCAGUUAAAUCAGAACCAGAAUCUGAUUAAAAAAAAAUUUACAAAUUAAUACUACCUAAUUUUAGAUAAUGUAUUUGUGUGUUUCUGUACAAAAUUAAUUUGUAUUUUUAUUAUUUACACAUGACAUU